UCAAACAGGUAAAGGUGGGUAGAGCGGGCUGCCCGAAGAAGCCACACAGGUGAACCCGUUGUUUCCGGGAGCGCAGCUGCCAUGGCUGAGUCUCAACUAGUAUGCAUGGACGAUGAACAUGUAAACGUGAAAAUACCGGAGUCCAAACCGGAGUUUUAUUACAGCGAGGAGCAGCGGGCCGCGCUCGAGCAGCUCCUCAGGAACGGGGAUGGCGCGUUCAAGAUGCGCCUCAAAGAGGAUAGCGUUAAAGACUUUCUGUCGGCCAGGGAGAUAAAGUGGAUGCGGGAGACCUUCCAGGAAUAUGAAAGCGACUCGGACACCUGCUGUUCACGGUCGCCCCAUGAUACGAGCGAGGACUCGGGCGUCCACUCUACAUACUGGCCCACCAUGUCUGACACGGAGAUCCCUCCGCUGGACAUCGGUUGGCCCAGCAACGGCCAUUACAAAGGGGUGACUCGGGUGUCGGUUUACACCCACCCACCGAAAUCCAACAGCCCGCAUAUUAAAGAGGUGGUGCGCAAACUCAUUCAAGAAUCUACAAAGUUGAUUGCAGUGGUCAUGGACCUGGUGACGGACCUGCUGAUCCUACAGGAUCUCCUGGACGCUGCAAGUAAGAGAGGGGUGGCGGUGUAUUUGCUGCUGGAGGAGAACGGCCUGCCACAUUUCCUGGACAUGAGCAGCAGGCUGCAGAUUUCUGCACAGCACCUAAGGAACCUGCGGGUGCAAACUGUGAGGGGCUCAGGCAUGCCGCUGUCCUUUGGGCGUCUGCCAGGAUCGCUGUGUUCAAAGUAUAUGUUGGUUGAUGGAGAGAAAGUAAUGUUUGGAUCAUACAGCUUUACAUGGAGUUCCUCUAGGAUGAACCGUAAUACAAUCACUGUGAUGUCAGGACAAAUUAUCGACUUUUUUGACAACGACUUCAGAGAACUAUAUGCUGUGUCUGAUAAAGUGGACUUGUAUCGUGAGUUUCACAUCAGCAAGCCUGCAAUGCAAGUUCCUGUGUUGAAAACGCCAUCGGAACCCAUCAAACUCACAGUUCCCGUGUCCAUGUCGCGCUUCCAGAUCUCUGUAGGAGACACCAAACCAGUGGACCUAAAGGUGCCUGCACAUAAAUACCAUAAUCCUAAGUACUCUUUAGUUGUUGGCAAUAGCCUAGGCGUGACUGGAUCCCUGCAGGAUCUUUCUAAGCUGAGGGACUAUGUUGACCAUGCCUCUGUGAGUAACAUGGAAAAAUUAAUCUACACCAAUGGGGAAAGUUUACAUCCACAGUCUCCUGCGUCCCCAGAUGGGACGGAGGACACAAAAGGUGAAGGGAAGAAGCCCUCGCCAUUUGGUUCUAAAAAGCAACGCUCUUCCUUCAGGAAUUACUUGAAAGGCAGAGCUAACAACCAGAGUCCAGGCACUCUUACUAAAACAACCCAUCAAAACACAGACGCUAAACAGAACAGUCCUAAAGACUUUAAGCCUACCAGCCACUCCAAGGAAGCGCAGUGGUUGGACAAUCAUGUUAGGGAGAAAGAAGAGCCAUCCAGACACAUGAGUCCUGCUCCUCGAAAGAUUUCAGAUGCUGACAGCACCGAUGAGGUUGAGGACACCUUUGAGUUCAUAGAGAAUCCACCGCAGGUGAAGUUUAAGCUCAAAAAGAACAGACUGGGUCCCAGGAGCGUUUCUCUUCAGACUAUUGCCACAGAUGGGGAGGAUGGUCCAAGAGGACGGAGGCGUAACCAGAAGAAGAACUGUAUUCAGUCCUGAUUUGUAUUUCUGCAGGAGGAAUCAAUCAACAUCUGCAUGUGUGCUUACAGAUCAGCAUUUUGGAUACCAGAACAGGUUUUAACAAGAACACUAAUAAUAUGCGAAUGGAAAAAAAAGACGAUAAAUUCUUUAUUCUGUACAGUUUGGACAAUAUAUGAACAGUGAUUCUUGCUACAAUAAUACUGAUUCAGCUGCCUGCUGAUAAAGUAUCGGUGCUGUAUUUUUCAAGGGAUGUGAGGUGGUUUGGACAAUCUCCAAAUUGUUGCUGAUUCAGCAAUCUGCUGCCAGAAACCAAAUGACUAAUAUAAUUUGCAGAGAUCAUGUGGCCUUCUCCCUGUUACCUUUAAAGCUUUGAAAGUAAGGGUCUGAAAGUAGCAUGUUAUGUUUUUAGUUCAGCUGAUCUCUACCCUGCAUAUUUUCCCCUAUCAGUUCCACUUACUCAAUCCUCUUUCAUAAAUGAAGAAGGUAAAAGGUCCACAACAAAGAUGACUAAUAAAAAAGGUCCCUUAUAUAUAUAUA